AUGGCCAACACACCCCACGGUGGUGUCCUGAAGGACCUCUUUGUGCGCGAUGCGCCUCGCCAGGCCGAGCUCCUCGAGGAGUCGGACAAGCUCCCCAGCCUCACCCUGACUGAGCGCCACCUUUGCGAUCUUGAACUGAUUCUCAACGGUGGUUUCUCUCCUCUCGAGGGUUUCCUGAACGAGAAGGACUACAACGGCGUUGUAAAGGAGAACCGCCUCGCCGAUGGCAGCCUCUUCAGCAUGCCUAUCAACCUCGAUGUCUCUCAGCAGACCAUUGACGAGGUUGGCAUCAAGCCCGGCACGCGCAUCACCCUCCGUGAUCUUCGUGACGACCGUGCGCUUGCCAUUCUCACUGUCGAGGAGGUUUACAAGCCGAACAAGAACCUCGAGGCCCAGGAGGUCUUCGGAAGCCCCGACGACGUUACCCACCCCGGCAUCAAGCACCUCCUCCAGGUCGCCAAGGAGUUCUACGUCGGUGGCAAGCUGGAGGCCGUGCAGAGGCUCGCUCACUACGACUUUGUCGACCUGAGGUAUACGCCCGCCGAGCUGAGGCAACAUUUUGAGAAGCUCGGCUGGAACAAGGUCGUCGCCUUCCAGACCCGUAACCCCAUGCACCGCGCUCACCGCGAGCUGACCGUUCGCGCUUCGCGCUCCCAACAAGCCAACGUCCUCAUCCACCCUGUCGUCGGCCUCACCAAGCCUGGUGACAUUGACCACUUCACUCGUGUCCGUGUCUACAAGGCUCUCCUUCCCCGCUACCCCAACGGCAUGGCCGCUCUCGCCCUGCUGCCUCUUGCCAUGCGCAUGGGUGGUCCCCGCGAGGCCAUCUGGCACGCCAUCAUCCGCAAGAACCACGGUGCCACCCACUUCAUUGUUGGUCGCGACCACGCUGGCCCCGGCAAGAACAAGGACGGCAAGGACUGGUACGGCGCCUACGAUGCGCAGAUUGCCGUGCAGAAGUAUCAGGAGGAGCUCGGCAUCAAGAUGGUCGAGUUCCAGGAGAUGAUCUACAUCCCCGACCGCGACGAGUACCAGCCCGCCAACGAGAUUGCCCCCGGUACCCACACUGCCAACAUUUCUGGCACCGAGCUCCGCAACCGCCUCAAGACCGGCAAGGAGAUUCCCGCAUGGUUUUCGUACCCCGAGGUCGUCAAGGGCGGCGGCCGCUCCGUCUCUCUGCUCCUUGGCGAGACCGUCCGCCACGAGCUCUCUGCCGAGCUGGGCUUCAGCCGCGAGGACCGCUCCAAGAACGUUGCACGCAUCGCCUUUGUCGCCUCCGAGCUAACUCGCGCCGGUGCCGCUGUCAUUGCGGCGCCCAUCGCGCCUUACGAGGAUGCUCGCUCCCAGGCCCGCGAGCUCAUCGAGAAGGCGGGUCCUUUCUUCCUCGUCCACGUGGCGACGUCGCUCGAGUACUCUGAGAAGACCGACCGCAGGGGUGUUUACCAGAAGGCGCGCGCCGGCGCGAUCAAGGGUUUCACCGGUGUCGACGACCCUUACGAGGUGCCCGCCAAGGCGGAUCUCACCGUCGAUAUCGAGAAGCAGACCGUCCGCUCAGCCGUGCACCAGAUCAUUCUGCUGCUCGAGAGCCAGGGUCUUCUCGACAGGAUCUAA